CUCCAUUAUAAAGGGCUCUGCAUGUGUGUGUGCUAUUUAAUGCCAAAUCAUGGAGGAGUGCUUGCACUACCCACCAUCCCCAGUGGAGAGUUUAGCCAGCAGUGAGGAAGACUCUGACCGACCGAGCACGUACGCAGAGAGGAGGAAGAGACUAAGUUCAAGCCCGAGCUGGGUGGGCAGUUCAGCACUGGUUAAACGGAGCAGAAAGGGGAAUGGGGUCAGCAGGCAGCCGUCUGAGGACACACAGAAGCAGAGGGUCUUGGCCAACGUCCGAGAGAGACAGAGGACUCAAUCGCUGAACGAAGCCUUCGCCUCACUUCGCAAAAUGAUCCCAACCUUGCCCUCAGACAAACUGAGCAAGAUCCAGACACUAAAGCUGGCGUCCAGAUACAUUGACUUCCUCUACCAAGUGCUCCAGAGUGAUGCCACAGAGAGCAGAAGCUUUGCCUGCAGCUAUGCUGUGCAGGAGAGACUAAGCUAUGCCUUUUCUGUCUGGAGGAUGGAGGGAGCAUGGGCUAUGUCUUCUUCCGACUAGUGGUAGUUGCUGACAGAUCCACACUGCCGAACGCCUUCUCUACUGCCCCGAAGUGAGCACAGGUUGGAUGGGAACUGAAUAAAAAAUGACAACAAUGGUGAAACGUGAGCCGCAGUGUUUGGACCCUCUGUGUUGCCACAGCCUGUGAUUGUGACUUUUACCUCAGCUGGAUGUGAAGAGGAGCCAGGAGAUGAAUUCUUGUGAGACAAACAGAUUUUGAGAACCUGUUGACUGGGGCUAUAAGGAGCGAAAAGGGAGUAACCUCAGGAGAACGCUUCAGACCCGUACAAACACAGAUCAAAGAGAAAUUUGAACACAGAACUCUGAAAUGAUGUCAGACUGGCAUCGCGUACUGCAGACAGCAGGACUUGCUUUAUGCAAGCAGGAGUGGAACCUGACGCUGAAGAAGGUAAAUGUUUACUGAUAAUGAUUUUACGGGAAAAGUCACAAACAAGCAAAACGUGUUAUGGAUUUUUCCUCUGUCUUCAGUAAACAUGCGAUUGGCAAAGGAUGUCGUGUAUUGUCGCCUUUUUGUG